AAUGUGUAGAACGUGUUCACUUUUACCCAACUUCAGACUCAAUAGACUCAAUGAUGGCCCAGAUUUCCUCACAAGAACGUUCAAUUGCACGUCGAAGAAAACGGCUGUUUCAAGAUGGUAUUCCGUCCUUAGCGCGAUCCUUAAAAUUGGUUAAUAUCUACAAAAACUACAAAGAUGGUGGAUAUAAGCAAGCUAUUGAAGAUUAUUUUAAGUGA